GUCAUUAUCCCCAAACUACCAAAUUAGAGUUGGAGCUUUUUGUGUUUUUCAUUAUGAUGAUGGUGCAAACAAUAGUUGAAGAUGUUGUUAUGUUCUUGGCAGAUGUGUUGGUAAGCUUUCUAAAUAGAUCGAAAGCGCUAGAGAUGGAGAUGAGGAUUCUUGAGGAAAGCUUUAGUGAAACGUUAGAGGAAGAUAACAACAUGAAUUAUUUACUAGGUGAAAUGUUACAAGGGACAACGAUGAAUGAUAAUCUAGAAAUCAAAGGAUCUUGUGAUUCUUGUCCCAUAUGUCUCCAGGACAUGGCGGGAGAGCAGAGUGUGCGAUGCUUGGUGCAAUGUCAGCACCAGUUUCAUAAACUUUGCAUAGACAAAUGGCUUGUCCUCAACAAUUCUUGCCCCAUCUGCAGAAGGCAUAACAAUAUGCAUGUAUAUGUCCCUAUAAUUUGAUGUGGCAGUUUUGUGAAAGGAUUCUGCAACUAUGAAGUUUUGUUAUUAAUUAAGGUUUCUUGGUUUUGCAUCAAAGAAAAAAAAACACAUCAAUAUACAUAAAAUUGCCCUUA